GAGCUGCUCUCGCUGCUCCCACGGCUCCCAGGAUGCACUGCUUAUAGCAGCUGUCAAAGCUACUGAGGGAUCCACGCGAGGGGGGAAAAAAGAGACUUUUACAACUGCCUGGAAGCAAGGGGUGUCAAGGAGGAAACAUUCCUGGGCAGAGCUGACCAAAGGAAAGAGUAGACAUCAGUGCACUAUGAAUGCAUACCUCACCAAGCAGCACAGCUGCAGCCGGGGGUCCGAUGGGAUGGAUGCCGGCAGGAGUGCACCCACAGUGCUCAGGGAUGCCCACUGCGCUUGUGGCUGGCAGAGGAGCCCUCAGGGGCUCGGGUACAAUUCUCAGACCAUGCCUUCUUCAGGACCUGGGGGUCCAGCUUCAAACAGGACCAAGCUGGUCACCUUGUGGGACAGUGUGCGGAAAAGUCCCCACAGGACGAGCACCAAGGGCAAAGGGACUUGUGGGGAGCACUGUGCCUGCCCACAUGGCUGGUUCAGCCCAGCACAGGCCAGCCCUGCUCCUAUAAUUGUCAACACUGAUACGUUGGACACGAUUCCCUAUGUCAAUGGGACAGAAAUUGAAUAUGAGUUUGAAGAAAUUACUUUGGAGAGGGGGAAUUCUGGCCUGGGAUUCAGUAUUGCUGGAGGGACAGAUAAUCCCCAUAUUGGAGAUGACCCUGGCAUAUUUAUUACGAAGAUUAUACCAGGAGGUGCUGCAGCAGAGGAUGGCAGACUCAGGGUCAAUGAUUGUAUCUUGCGGGUGAACGAGGUGGAUGUGUCAGAGGUUUCCCACAGUAAAGCGGUGGAGGCCCUCAAAGAGGCAGGUUCUAUUGUUCGGCUGUACGUGCGUAGGAGGCGACCCAUUCUGGAGACUGUUGUGGAAAUCAAACUGUUCAAGGGACCUAAAGGUUUAGGCUUCAGUAUUGCAGGAGGUGUGGGGAACCAGCACAUUCCUGGAGACAACAGCAUUUAUGUAACUAAAAUCAUAGAUGGAGGAGCUGCACAAAAGGAUGGGAGGUUGCAAGUAGGAGACAGACUACUCAUGGUAAACAACUACAGUUUAGAAGAAGUAACACACGAAGAGGCAGUAGCAAUAUUGAAGAACACGUCAGAUGUAGUUUAUCUAAAGGUUGGCAAGCCCACCACCAUUUAUAUGACUGAUCCUUAUGGUCCACCGGAUAUUACUCACUCUUAUUCUCCACCGAUGGAAAACCAUCUACUUUCUGGCAACAAUGGCACUUUAGAAUAUAAAACCUCCCUGCCGCCCAUCUCUCCGGGAAGGUACUCACCAAUUCCAAAGCACAUGCUUGUUGAGGACGAUUACACCAGGCCUCCGGAACCCGUUUACAGCACUGUGAACAAACUCUGUGAUAAGCCUGCUUCUCCCAGGCACUAUUCCCCUGUUGAGUGUGACAAAAGCUUCCUUCUAUCAGCUCCCUACCCCCACUACCACCUAGGCCUGCUCCCUGACUCUGAGAUGACCAGUCAUUCCCAACACAGCACUGCAACCCGCCAGCCUUCAGUGACCCUUCAACGGGCCAUCUCACUGGAAGGGGAGCCCCGCAAGGUGGUGCUGCACAAAGGCUCCACUGGCCUGGGCUUCAACAUUGUGGGCGGGGAAGACGGAGAAGGUAUUUUUGUGUCCUUCAUUCUGGCCGGUGGACCAGCAGACCUGAGUGGAGAGCUCCAGAGAGGAGACCAGAUCCUAUCCGUGAAUGGCAUUGACCUCCGGGGAGCAUCCCACGAACAGGCUGCUGCUGCUCUGAAGGGGGCUGGACAGACAGUGACGAUCAUAGCACAAUACCAACCUGAAGAUUACGCUCGAUUUGAGGCCAAAAUCCAUGACCUACGAGAGCAGAUGAUGAACCACAGCAUGAGCUCCGGGUCCGGGUCCCUGCGAACCAAUCAGAAACGCUCCCUCUAUGUCAGAGCCAUGUUUGACUAUGACAAGAGCAAGGACAGUGGGCUGCCAAGCCAAGGACUUAGUUUUAAAUACGGAGAUAUUCUCCAUGUUAUCAACGCCUCUGAUGAUGAGUGGUGGCAAGCCCGGAGAGUCACCCUGGAUGGAGACAGUGAGGAGAUGGGAGUCAUCCCCAGCAAACGGAGGGUGGAAAGAAAGGAGCGUGCCCGAUUAAAGACUGUGAAGUUUAAUGCAAAACCUGGAGUGAUUGAUUCAAAAGGGUCAUUCAAUGACAAGCGUAAAAAGAGCUUCAUCUUUUCACGAAAAUUCCCAUUCUACAAGAACAAGGAGCAGAGUGAGCAGGAAACCAGUGAUCCUGAACAACAUGCUUCUUCUAAUGCCAGCGAUAGCGAAAGUAGCUACCGAGGGCAAGAAGACUUCAUUCUUUCUUACGAGCCUGUCUCAAGGCAGGAAAUAAACUACACUCGGCCAGUGAUUAUCCUGGGCCCCAUGAAGGAUCGGAUCAAUGACGACUUGAUAUCUGAAUUCCCUGACAAAUUUGGCUCCUGUGUGCCUCAUACUACAAGGCCAAAGCGUGACUACGAGGUGGAUGGCAGAGACUAUCACUUUGUCAUUUCCAGAGAACAAAUGGAGAAGGAUAUCCAAGAGCACAAGUUUAUAGAAGCCGGCCAGUACAACGACAACUUGUAUGGAACCAGUGUGCAGUCUGUGAGAUUUGUAGCAGAAAGGGGCAAACACUGUAUACUUGACGUAUCAGGAAAUGCUAUCAAGCGGUUACAAGUUGCUCAGCUCUAUCCCAUUGCCAUCUUCAUUAAGCCCAAGUCUCUGGAACCUCUGAUGGAGAUGAACAAGCGUCUCACAGAGGAACAGGCCAAGAAAACCUACGAUCGUGCAAUUAAGCUAGAACAAGAAUUUGGAGAGUAUUUUACGGCUAUUGUCCAAGGAGACAGCUUAGAAGAUAUAUAUAACCAGUGCAAGCUUGUCAUUGAAGAGCAGUCUGGGCCUUUCAUCUGGAUCCCCUCAAAGGAAAAGUUAUAAAUUAGCCACUGCACCUCUGACAACGACAGAAGAGCAUUUAGAAGAACAAAAUAUAUAUAUAAUAUUACCACUUGGAGGCUUUUAUGUUUUUGUUGCAUUUAUGUUUUGCAGUCAAUGUGAAUUCUGAUGAAUGUACAACACAAACUGUGUGAAGCCAUGAAGGAAACAGAGGGGCCGAAGGGUGGGACAGAAAAGACACUGCGGUAUGCAGGAAGGCGUUGGUUUGCUCAAGGGGCCAGGCAUAGGGAUGAACCUCUGACGGGCUUGGUGCCCAAGCUGGGCAGCCUCCUCACCCAGCAGAUGUCCAGAGCCGACUUAGCUGCUGAGCUCUCUGUAUUUUAUUUUUUUUUUUGCUUUAAAGAAAAGUUGCCAGCACUUGAACUUCACCAACCUUCCCAUUACCCACACCUGUAAUUGGUCCACUUUGACUUUUUAUAUGCACAUCCUUUGAUUUCUUAACGAGCAAAGGAAAGAACGAAGGAAAAAAAAAAGAAAGGAGUCCCUUUGGAGGCGGCAUAAUACCAGGGAAGGAUGUGUGUGCAGUUUCUUUGACUGGCACCUGCAAAGACGAGCAUUUCAUAAAACUCACGAGUGUAUGGAGGACUGACCCUACUGAGAAGAGGGGGUUCCACCUGGGUUAGCUUCAUGAUUGUUUAUUGUCUAUUUUGCCAUUUAUAAAGUGAAAGAAGGCACUAAAGAUGAGAAUAAUUUAUACAAUAAAAAUAUAUUAAAUGUAUAGAAACACAUUUCUAUAGGUUAUAAAAGUUUUGUGAAAUAUUUUGUAAAGACUAAUUAAUGGAAAGACUAACUGUAUGCACUACCUGCAGAUUAUCAAAUUCAAGAACUGAACAUUGCACUCUCCCUUCUGUUGCCAAUGAUCCACUAAGAGCAUCUGAGUUCCUUCCAAGUCUGACACAGGCUUCUCCCUUACUUACCCCCCAUGACCUCCCUAUCCGAUCAGUGACAGACUCUCAUGGAGCACAUCCUUUAAUGAGUUGCCCUCAUGGAUAUUUUUUGGAAGACAUUUGGUUAAUGCAUUUUAACGCUGGUGGCUUUCAGAGACAAACUCAUACCAACAAGCUAAAGGGAAGUUUUUGCUUUUCUCUUGAUAAACAACCUGGGCCUGCCAUGCAAAUAGCUGAAUAACUUUGUUCCUAGUUACUUACAUACAAUUCUUAAAGGGUCAUGUAGUAUUUUGGCCAAUCGUGAGUAAUUAGGACACUUUAAUUUGUCUGUUUCACAAGUAACAGGUUUUAUAACAGCCAGAGAUGCUACAGAGUCAUAGAGAGAUCUGUCCCAGGAUGCACUAUUUCUUUGAGGAAGAGAGAGAGAAAAUUAUCUGGUUGGGGUUGAGGGGUGCAGAUUUGUUUCUGUAUACAGGGCAAAGAAGAGAACAGUAAGGAAAGACAACUAAUGACUUAGAGGUCAACCAAUUAAACUGCCUUUCUUGAGGGCUGCACCUGGACCAAGUUUAUUUUUUAGCGAUUAUAAUAAUGAUUUUUUUAAAAGGAGGGAACCUCCCAAAGCCUAUAUCCUACAUUAGAGCCGGUGGUGACAUUAGCUUUGCUUGUGCCCAAGGUGUUUAGAGAGAGACUUUUCUGUAAUCUCAAUAACCACUCAACUCUGGGUUCUAUGCAGGCCCAGACUCAGCCCCAUCGCCUUAUUCCUGGGGUACAUCCAGACCUGGCAGGAAUUCUGCCACACUGUGCAGCAAACCAGCAUGCAGGCUGGGGUGGCAAAGCAAGAGACAGAGCCAUCAGCGGUGGUGGGGCUUUUCACAGGAAGAACAUUAGAGCUCAGAAUGAGGGUCUCUUUCCAAAAACAGGCAGUGUUCAUCUUACACUAACUACCAUUCUCUGCCUGGCUGCAGUCACCAAAACAAACACGGAAAAGCAAAAUCAUGCAUCUACCUGUAGUCUUGAGGCUGCCUUUGCUAAUGAAAGGGCUGGCAAAGUACUUACCCUCUAAUGAAAGUUAAAUUUCUAGAAAUUCCCUUAGAUUGCUCCAAGUGUUAAAGAGGUGACCACAUUUGCCAUUAGCCAGUUUCAGGUCGAGGUCUCCUUUCAUCGAUAUUGCUCCCAGACCUUUCCUGCCACCAGAAUGCCAUUCCUGGUCCCAGCUCUAUCUUUAGGCCACCAUGAUUACUCCUUUGGUUUCUCAACUGAGCAUGCAACCAUUUAUUUAAAGGACUGUCAUUAACGAGUAGAUGUUUCCGCGGGUCGUGCGAUGUGCUUUUCAUUUAAUAUUAAGUAUUGUUGUGGCUGAGUACAAUCAAACUGAACCACCAACCCUUGGUUUUGUAGUAAUAUAUUUAUUUAUUUUCCUAGUGUAGAUGCUUUCAGACUAGAAUUGGCAUUUGCACUGAUUUUUUUAUGUAGAUUUAUAUAAAUAUAUAUACAUAUAUAUUUGCUUGAAGAAUCACCAAGCAAAUUGGUGAGAGGGUCUUUUCCUAUAGAAUUUACACCUCCAUUUGUUGUGUUGUCUUGCGCCUCCCAACGUUGAGGUCUCUAUGGCUCCAGUGAACGGGUGUAUUUUGCAGCAAACCUGACAACUCGUGUGGAAUCGGCAGGAGAGUUACCCAGAUCACAUCUGGUGCCAAUGCACUUGGAGCCUGGGGCCAGACUGGUGCUAACACUGCAAACUUUGUCCGGAGCUCUCUCCAAUCUGAAGGCUUGCUGGGGGCGCAAUGUCACCUUCCCAUGCUGGGCCCUUUCGGAAAAGUGCCAGAUCGUGUCACUGGUGCUAUUUUUCAUGCUCUGGUACAAUGUGUAGCACCACGGGGGUCUCAGCUUUACCAAAUUCAAAACCCCACUUGUCAGCUAAUUGCAGGGGCACCUGUUUUUUGCUCUUCUCCCGUGGGAUUUGUCGGCCACCUCUUUGCAGGCCUUUUCUCCCAGCCCCAAGUUCUUGGGUCGGCUCCAUGUGUUUAGUGAGCCAUCUUUACGAAGCUGCACUCAGGUGCCUGUGAGCUGUCUCAGAUCCCACUGCCAGCCCUAAAGGACUCGAAGCCAGGGAAGAGCUCUCCGCUCCUCUGGCUCUCACCUCUGGUUCUUUCUCAUUCUUCCUCUGCUCUCCCCUUCUCUUUCCAUCUCAUUCCACAGAUGUUUUUGUUACCUCUCCUUUGAGCCUUCCUUCCUGUCUUCUCUAAGUUGUUGACUUUCCUAUAGCCCUUCUUUACUUCUCCCCUUUAUUACCCAUCUCUUUGUCUGUCUCUUCUUUAUUCUGUCUCUUUCCCCUUCUUAUUCCUCUUCCCCUCCUUUCCCACUCUUUUUUUUUUUAUUAUUUCAGAGAGGAAGGGAGAGGGAGAGAGAGAGAGAAACAAGCAUGAUGAUAGAAUUAUUGAUCGGCCGCCUCCUACACUGGGGAACAAGCCCACAACUCAGGCAUGUGCCCUGACCAGGAAUCAAACUGUGAUCUCCCGGUUCAAAGGUCGAUGCUCAACUACUGAGCCACAUUGGCUGGGCUCCUUUCCCGUUCUUUCUCUUUUCCUCACAUUUCUGGUCAUCUCCUCUCCAACACCGCACUUCUUAAUGUUUCUGUCCUAUAAGGGCUCGUGGCUGAUUCAGACAGCAAGUCCAUAAGCUGGACUAGUGACACAAAUACUUGGGGUCACCAUUUCACCUACGCAGCCCAGAAGGCAAUGCUGAGCAUGAGGUCCUGCCCCACUGAGCCAGCCUGCACCGCUGUCCUGGCAGUGACGCUGCAUGUGCUCUGGGCUCUGCGGCACCUGGGUGCCCCCUCUGCCGGAAGGCUGGUCCAAAGCAAGCCCACUCCCAGCACCAGCCCAUGGCUCUAGGGACACUUCCUUCCAAUAAAGGCAGACUCCAGCCCCAACAAUUAUUCUGACAGCAACACUCUUCCUUCUCAUUGAAGCCAUGCCAUCACCUUGAUUUGGAGAAAGAUUUUUUUUCCCCAUUCAUAAGCUCCCGCCCCCCAUUUUUAUGUGAAAUACCACCCCCCACCCCGCCCUCUGCUUUUCAGCUGGUGAGAUUGAAUGGACUUGCUGGUGAAAUAACAUCUUUUUGUUCCUGUCUUGGUCCUGCCUAAAUUCCUACAAAAAUAUUUAAGUCAAGGACUCAGGCUAGUUCCUAAGUUUAUUAUAAUAAUUUGUCUCUCCUAGAGGGAAAUAAGGGGACAUUUCCCUUAAAGCAUGUGGAGUACCUCCUGUGACAACUGAUUAGCCAGAGAACUCUCUAGAGAAUUCUGUGGCUAGACAUUUUACUUCUGUGUACGUAUGGUAUAUGGGGUAUGUAUGUCAUGUAUACACAUACUACACUGGGUCUGAAUGAAUGUGGAUGGAAACCCACACACUCGCUCCAGUCUGUAAAUAUCCUUCCUCACUGAAAACUGUGCUUCGGAAAUCAUGUCUUGUACAGCUGUGCAGUUUCUUGUAGCAGCUGAGGACAAGCUAAGACGGGUGGACAAUUUAGACAAAGCUCAUCUCUAAGAGAGAAUUCAGAAUCUCCCUAGCAACUCACGAGGACAGACAACCAACCGGCAAGGUUGACUCCCAAUGGGAUGGCAAACUUUUCUUCUCUCCUUUCUGAAUUUGUGUUUCCUAAGUGAGUGCACCAGACUGUACCCUGGUUAGACAGUUUUGUGCUUCUCUCAGACAGGAUGUUCCUCCAUCGAGCUACUGUAGUGCAGGAUGGGAGGGAGGGGAAAGACUCCUUGCCUGGCUGGAGUUUACGGAGACACUGCACAGCUUACACUCCUGUUAAGUGUAAAUAUUCGACACUUCCAUUCCAUUUGUGUAAAAAAUAAAGCACACACGAUUAUAAAAUCAAGAUGUAUAUUUCAUA